AUGUGUGGACUUCAGAAUUCCCGAGAUGCUUUGGUGAGCAUCUCGAGUCAUGAGAAUGGACAUAACAAUAACAAGGGCAUCUUUUUUUCUGACUUCCAGAUCCUGUCUCGCUGUGCUAUCUCUGCUGUGCAAGAGGUGCGUGAUUCCAAGGGACUGGCUAUUCAGGCACUACUCCAGAAGCUCAAUAGGUACUACCGACUCAGCAGGAACAUGGCAUCACUGAUUUCCUCUUUUCCCGUCCCCCACAUGGCAGUUGCUUCAGACUUUGUGCUACUCUUGCACCAUACCUGUCCUCGGGAAGCUGCCCGUGAGCUUGACCUGCUGUUUGAAGUAUGCAUGGAGCUAAUGCAUUGGUGGAAAACGGAGAAUGUGAUGGUGCUGGGAGACCUGAAUGCAGGUGGUGCCUACGUCCCAAUGAGCGCGUUGGCCAGGAUCCGCCUGCACAAUCACCCUGCCUUCCAUUGGCUGAUCAGCGAUGAAGAAGACACCACCGUCAGCCACCGAACUUGCUGUUCUUAUGACAGAAUCAUAGUUCAUGGAGAAGAAUUACUCUCUGCUGUUGUGCCCGGAUCAGCCAAGCCAUACAAUUUCACAAAGGCAUUUGGAUUGUCUGAAGAAGAGGCCUUAGAAAUCAGUGAUCACUACCCUGUGGAGGUGAAGCUGAAGCUUGCUCCAAAGAACCAACAGGAACUCUAA